AUGCUCCUGCUUUCCCGUCUCCCUCUCUCCCUCUCCCUCUUUCCCCCUCCCGUUCUUCCCCUCUUAACCCUCCUCCCAGUGGAGCGCUGCAAGUGGACUUCGCGUGCUCCUCUGCCUCGUCCGGAGGGGGAGGGGGGUGGCGGCACUGGUGGGGGCGCGGGGGGAGGCACUGGCGGAGGUGGGGGCGACUACGGGGGUGACUACAACGGGGGGAACAAUGGGGGUGGUGAUUACGGUGGUGGUAAUGGCGGCGGUGAUUAUAACGGGGGGAAUGGAGGGGACUACAAUGGUGGAGGGCCUGGGGGCGGGCAAGGCGGAUUCGGUGGGGACAGGGGGGAUUUGGAGGAGGACAGGGCGGACCUGGGGGCGGGCAGGGCGGAACUGGUGCUGGGGGCGGGCAAGGGGGAGCUGUGGGCGGCAAUGGUGGUGACUACAGCAACGGAGGGGGCUACAGCGGCGGCAAUGGCGGUAAUGGUGGGAGGAACACAGUCGGACAAGGUGGGUACUACAGCGGUGCAGGAGGGGGGGGAGGGGCUGGUGGUGCUGCUGCUGCUGGUGGGGGCUGUGGGGGAGGGCAAGGCAAGGCGGGGGGCCUGGGAAUGGGCAGGGCGGACCCUGGGAGCGGGCAAGGGGGAGCUGGAGGAGGGCAGGGGGGACCUGGGGGGGAUUAUGGUGGGGGAAGCAAUGGCGGAGACUAUGGUGGUGGGAAUGGUGGUGGUGACUAUAGUGGGGGGAAUGGAGGGGAUUACAACAAUGGUGGUGACUACAGCGGGAGGACCACUGGAGGGGGCAAUGGUGGUGGCAAUGGUGGUGACUAUAACGGAGGGAGCUACACUGGGGACUACAGUGGGAUUACAGCGGAGGGACGGGUGGCAGUCAGGGCGGCAGUCAGGGAGGCCCAUCUGGGGGCGGUAUGAGUGGAGGCGGAGGCAUGGGCGGUGGAGGCAUGGGCGGGAGGCAUGGGCGGCGGAGGCAAUGGGCGGCGGAGGCAUGGGCGGCGGAGGCAUGGGCUGGCGGGGAGGCAUGGGCGCUGGCGGCGGCGGAGGCAUGCGGCGUGGCGGGGCAUGGGCGCGGAGGCAUGGGCGGCGGAGGCAUGGGCGGCGGAGGCAUGGCGGCGGAGGCAUGGCGGCGGAGGCAUGGGCGGCGGAGGCAUGGGCGGCGGAGGCAUGGGCGGCGGAGGCAUGGGCGGCGAAGGCAUGGGCGGCGGUGCUGCUGGCGGGGGAAUGGGAGGGCCUGGGGGAGUGA